AUGGCUUCUAGUACAAAUGAUCAAUCUCAAUUUUUGGCACUAGGUUCUCAUAGAAUUCACGUUGAUAACGACGAUAAUGAUAUUACCAUGGAGUUACACAAGAAAAAACGACGUCGUAGAAGAUGUAUUAAAUGUUGUGGUUGUUGUAUAGCGACCAUGUUAGUACUCAUUGUGAUCAUGUUGGUUCUUGGUUUCACCCUUUUUCGUGUGCACGAACCGUUUAUAAGGAUGAACUCCGUCAAGAUUGAUGGAAUAAGUUAUCUCAUGACAAGUAGUGGAAGUAGUUCCACUACUCUCCAACCAAGCAUUAGUAACUUAACGGUCUUUGCUGACGUGUCUGUUAAAAACCCUAACGCGGUGUCGUUUAAGUUUGAUGAAGCAACGACUAGUUUGUUCUACGAUGAUGUGGUCAUCGGAGAAACCCUAACGCCACCGGGGACUGCCAAGGCGCGGCGGACGUUAAGCAUGAACGUAUCGAUGGAGGUUAUGGUGGAGAAAAUUUUGAAAAUUCCACGGUUAGGGAGGGAUUUGAGGUAUGGUGAGUUGCUUGUGAGUACAUAUACAAGAAUUAAUGGUAAAAUUAAAAUUUUGAAUAUUGUUAAAAAGAAUGCUGAAAUUAAAAUGAAUUGUAUUAUGAUGGUUGACUUGAGAAAUCAAGAUGUUAGAAACUUUGAUUGUAAAAGAGAAGUGUCUCUCUAG